UUCAAUCGAGUCUCCGCCUCUGCCUCUUCGGACAAUAAGCCCUCUGUCCCUGAUGAGCCUUCUCGCCGUGUCGUUUUUAAGUUUUUUUAUGAACUACCGAUGUGUAUGGUGUGUCACAGGAUGACUUACGUUGACCAAAUUCUCGAAGAGAAUUUUCUGUUUGUGUCGGACAGACUUCCGGAGAUUGACAGAACGGUAAAAAAAAUACUUGAGACUGAUUAUAAGAAGCUUGUAUUCUUUGGUGAACCCCCGUGUUCCCUUAUAAAGUUGUCCGAUGAGAAGUUAACUGUGCUUCUCUAUGCGAUCAUCGGAGAGAAGGCGAAUAAGAUGUUGACAAUCUUUCAAACUUUAGAAAUAACAAUGGAUAAUUUAGCAGAGAAGUUUUUUUCCCAAGAUACUUUGGACAAAAAAUUCUCCCGCGAUGAAUUUAAAGAUAUGAUUCAUUAUCGUGGGAAGACCAAAUUUGUUGAAAUGGAGAAGAAUGUACAUUCUUUUGUAGAGACAUGUGCUAUUUUCGACGAGAGCAGAUUUUCGUGA